AUGGUGUAUUUGUGUUAAUUUAAGAAUGAAAUACCAUUAUUUGCAUUAAAAAUAAUGACAAGAGCUAAUAUCAAGUAGUUUGGAAUAGCAAAACAUGUUGCAAAUGAGAGAAGAGUGCAAUCUAUUUUGGAUCACCCUUUCAUUAUGCAUUUCUAUAGAUCGUUCAAAGAUGAAAACAACAUUUACUUGCUGAAUGAAUAUAUUCCUGGAAUUGAAUUAUUUGAUGCUAUUAGAGACAUAGGUUUAUUAAAUAAAAACGAUUCAUAGUUUUAUAUUUCAUAGAUGAUAUUGCAAACAGAAUAUUUACAUACAGUUCAUUAAGUUAUGUAUAGAGAUUACAAACCUGAAAAUCUGAUUGUUGAUGAUACAGGUUAUUUGAAAUUAAUUGACUUUGGAACUGCUAAAUUAAAUCAACCAGGAUAGAAAACAUUCACUAUAAUUGGAACUCCACAUUAUAUGGCACCAGAAGUUAUUAGUGGAAAAGGGUAUAAUUAGAUGGUUGAUUUAUGGAGUGUGGGAAUUAUACUCUAUGAAUUCGUUUGUGGAGGAUUGCCUUUUGGAGAAGAUGCAGAAGAUCCUUUUGAGAUUUAUAAGGAAAUUACCAAGAAGCCUUUAUCCUAUCCUUCCUAUAUGUCCGAUAAGACUGUCAAGAUUUUCAUUGAAUAAUUACUCAGUCGAAUACCAGAACUUCGUUUGGGAGGAUCAUAUUAGACUUUGAAGUAACAUGCAUGGUUUAAGGAUUUUCAAUGGGAUGUAUUGAUUGCUAAGAAACUCAAACCAGCUUAUAAACCAGCAACUAAUAAGAUAGUAACGAAUGGAUAAGCUUAAGUGAUGAAAAAGAUACCAAUAUUAGAAUAAAUGCUUAAAGAUGUGUAAUACUUCAAAAAAACAUAACCCAAUCCCAAAGAUAGUGAAUGGGAUUAUGAAUUUUGA